GAAGCAGCAGCAGCAUGACGAACAUCAUCCGCAAGGUCACCGACUUUUACAAGAAGGACGAGUGCAUCAAAUUCUACAAGUUUGGCAAGACGCUUGGCACCGGGAGUUUUGCGACCGUGAAAAGCGCCGUGUGCAAGGCCGACAACUCGCACUGGGCCGUCAAGUGCAUAGAGAAGGCGUCGCUCGCGCCGGACGACGAAGAGGCGCUCCGCGUCGAAGUCGAGGUCCUCCAGAUGGUCGAGCACCCCAAUAUCGUCAAGCUCAAGGAGGUCUUCGACUGCCCCAAGACGUUUUACAUGGUCAUGGAAGAGAUGAGCGGCGGUGAGCUCUUCGACCGCAUCGUCGAGAAGGAAAAGUACACGGAGAAGGAAGCGCGGCUGGUGGUGCUGCACCUCGCCGAGGCGCUGCAGUACUGCCACGGCCUUGGCAUCGUGCACCGCGACCUCAAGCCAGAAAAUCUCUUGUAUGCGACGACCGACGAGCACGCGCCGAUCAAGAUUGCCGACUUUGGCCUUGCCAAGCUCAUUCAAGGCAACAACAUGAUGCAAACCGCCUGCGGUACACCGGGGUACGUCGCACCCGAGAUCCUCGAAGGCAAGCCGUACGGCGGCGAAGUCGACAUGUGGAGCCUCGGCGUCAUCACCUACAUCUUGCUCUGCGGGUUCCCGCCCUUUUACGAUGAAAACAACGCGACGCUCUUUGCGACCAUCAAGGCGGGCGCAUACGACUUUCCGUCGCCGUACUGGGACAACGUCUCGGACAGCGCCAAGGACCUCAUCAACCACAUGCUGGUCGUGGAUCCGAAGAAGCGGUUCACGUCCGAGGACGUGCUCAAUCACCCGUGGGUCAAGGACCCGAACGAGGCCAAGGACACGCAGCUCUCGAGCUUCACCGCCGAAAUGCGUCGCUACAACGCGCGCCGCCGGUUCCGCGCCGGUGUCAUGGCGGCGAAAGCGCUUCGAAGCAUGUCCCUCUCCCCCAAAAAGAUGGGCGAAGCCAAAGAUGGCGACGAAGCCGCGUCGCCGACACGUCGUGGGCUCAACCUCGGCGAGAACGCGGCCGUCACGCACGGAGUGCGCCAAGCCGCCGACGCAAAAGAGUAGACGGCGUCGGCUACCACGUACUUAAUCUUUUACACGAUUGCAUUCUCGCGUCCUUACCA